AUGUCUGACGAUGAGGACUUCAUGCAGGAGUCGGACGAAGAACAGUACGACUUUGAGUACGAGGAAGACGACGACGAGGAUUCCGGAGACGUCGGCAUCGAAAACAAAUACUACAAUGCGAAGCAGUUGAAACUCACCGACCCCGAGGAUGCCAUUGCCGAAUUCCUGGGCAUACCACCGUUAGAAGAGGAGAAGGGCGAGUGGGGCUUCAAAGGUCUAAAGCAAGCCAUCAAGCUUGAGUUCAAGCUAGGACAGUACGAAAAGUCGGCCGUGACGAGAAACUACUCGGAAAAGUCGAUCAACAACAUGCUGGAUUACAUUGAGAAGGGGUCGGAUGGACCCAAGGCAGUGGCUUGUGUGGAGAAGUUCUAUUCGCUCACGCUUGAGAGCUUCCAGAGCACCAACAACGAGAGGCUGUGGCUCAAAACCAACAUCAAGCUUUCCAAGCUCCUGCUCGACCGGAAGGACUAUAACACCGUCACCAGGAAACUCCGGGACCUCCAUAGGGCUUGUCAGAAGGAAGACGGCAGCGACGAUCCCAGCAAGGGCACGUAUUCUAUGGAGAUAUACGCCCUCGAGAUCCAGAUGCACGCCGAGACCAAGAACAACAAGCAGCUCAAGCGCCUCUACCAGCGCGCCCUGAAGGUCAGGUCGGCGGUUCCCCACCCCAAGAUCAUGGGCAUUAUUCGUGAGUGCGGUGGCAAGAUGCACAUGAGCGAAGAGAACUGGGCCGAGGCACAGACAGACUUCUUCGAAUCCUUCCGCAACUAUGACGAGGCCGGCUCGCUCCAGCGCAUUCAGGUGCUUAAGUACCUGCUUCUCACGACCAUGCUGGUCAAGUCCACCAUCAACCCCUUCGACUCGCAGGAGACGAAGCCAUACAAGCAGGAUCCACGAAUCACUGCGAUGACGGACCUGGUGGACGCCUACCAGCGCGACGAUGUCCACGCAUACGAAAACGUCCUGCAAAAGAACCAAGACAUCCUCGCCGACCCGUUCAUUGCCGAGAACAUUGACGAGGUGACGCGCAACAUGCGCACCAAGGGCGUCGUCAAGCUCAUUGCGCCCUAUACACGGAUGAAGCUGGUUUGGAUCGCGAAGCAGCUGAAGAUCUCGGAACCCGAGGUCCAGGACAUCCUUGGCUUCCUGAUCGUCGACGGCAAGAUUGACGGCAAGAUUGACCAGCAGGCCGGCACGCUCGAGAUCCAGUCGGACGCGGACAGCGGCCGCACCAAGGCGCUGUACGAGCUUACACAGUCUGUCUCGAAUCUCUACACGACUGUGUUCAAGGAGAGCGAUGGCUUUCGGUCGACUGAUUUCCCUACAGACGAGCAGACCAUGGACAUGGUGGGCGGUGGCAUGACGCCCAGAAGCGGCGGCCCACGGGGGCAUCCGCGGGGACCCGGACGAAAGGGCAAAGGCGUGAUGCCGUUGUGGACAUGA